AUGAUUCCAGUCUUCACAACGUCAAGUCGAAUUGCCUCUAAUGGAUUGCGCUUCCAACAAUCGCAGCUGAGGACAUUCGUAAAGCUCAGGCAACAGCCAAGCUUCCAUCGCAUCCUUGCACCAACUACCAGCAGACACUUGACUUCCCACGCACCGCUUCGCAGCAAGGAGGACAACCAACAACCAUCUCAGGGUGGCCAAGGAAACAGCAAUCCAGGAGAGCUACCGGCGUUCAGUUUCAAUGGCCUCGGUGCCAGCCCAGCCGUGAAGAAUGCCAUCAUCGUCGUCAUCUGCAUUCUAGGUACUAUUGAAACAUGGGUAUGGUGCAAGUGGAUUUGGAAUUGGUGGAAGGGAAGCGGCGCGGAGGCGGAGCACCAGGUACAGGCUGCUCAUUAA